UUGUGUGUGAACGCGUGUCUUUUAAAGUUCGACUUGUUAUGAUUCUGGAAUAACAAUCAUUACUGGUUCGAACCGCUUUCAAUAUUUGUUCAAUUCGGCUUCCAGCAAAGACAAGUUAUGUUAGUAACUUCAGCUGUGCAAAAUUUGCGCAUCAAAUCCUACCAUGCUUAAAAUAUAGUGUGCAUGCAGUAUCUGAAGUCGUUUGGUGGCGCAGUUGAUGAAAAAAUUCUUACCCGAUAAGAGUUUCGGUAGAAUAUAUUCACACCAGUGUUUUGAUUGAAUAUUAGUGAAAAUAUGACCAGAGCCGGCUUUCGCAUAGCACUUCUCCAGCUGAGAGUAGGACCAAACAAGGCAGACAACAUCGGGCAUGCCUUGGAAAAGAUCCGUUGCGCUGUCAAAGAACAUGGCGCCAAAGUUGUAGCACUGCCAGAGUGUUUUAAUUCACCAUAUGGAACGCAGUAUUUUGCGAGUUUCGCCGAAGAGAUUCCAGAUGGAGAAACCUGCCAGUACUUGUCGGCAAUAGCAAAAGAGCUGGGUAUUUUCCUGAUCGGUGGAACAAUCCCGGAGAAGGUUGGAAAUACAAUUUACAACACCUGUACGGUUUGGUCCCCGGAAGGGCUCCUGUUGGCGACGUACCGGAAGCUUCAUCUGUUUGACGUUGAUAUUCCUGGGGAAAUCGUUAUCCGUGAGUCGGAUGUGCUUACCAGUGGCAAUCAGUUGGCCGUAAUUUCAAUGUUUGGUGCUAAGAUCGGUAUUGGGAUCUGCUACGACAUUUGUUUCGACGAACUGGCACGUAUUUACCGUAACCAGGGUUGCGAUAUGCUAAUUUACCCCGGAACGUUCAACAUCAGGAGGGAACCGUUGCACUGGAGGCUGUUAGCUAAAACUAGAGCCAUCGAUACCCAGUCGUACGUUGCAACGAUUUCUCCGGCGAGAGACAAGGAAGCGGGCUACGUUGCAUUUGGUCACUCGAUGGUGGUUGAUCCGUGGGCAAAGAUAAUUGUUUCGGCGAAGGAAAAUGAAGAGAUCAUUUUAACGUAUGUAAAUCUCAAAACGGUGGACAACGUGCGUGCGCAGAUUCCGAAUUUCAAACAGCGAAGAUUGGAUUUGUACGACACAAAGAUCCAGGGAAGUUGAUUGCCGGAAUUGAAUGUUUUUCCAUCACCUUCAUGUAAUCAAUUUCUUAGUAAAUAUAUGAAAUCAAAAUGAA